CAUCAAACCGCACGGAUAUGGCGACCGCCGUGCCGUCGUAUCUUCGGUCGACGUCAAGCAGCAAGGCGAAACGAGAGGCUAAGAAUGACAAGCCCAAACCCGUGGACUUUCCUGUGCGAAGGGCGGUCCCCUCUGGCACGUCGUCUGCCGAAGAUCUGUUGUACCGAGUGCGUCCUCCCGCAGUCCCCAUCUCGAUAGCUAUCCCUCCCCCCUCAAAGUCCCCGAAACUUGAGUCCGCAGGUGGAGCGACGUCAAGUGUUUUGCAGUCCAAAUCAUCGGUGGAAACAAGGCAAAGCAAGGUACCCAGGUCCGAUUCGCACGAGAAUAGACAACGUACACUUCCAGCAUCAACGACAUCACAGCGCAAUGUCCCAAACUACAUGCGACACACAGUCAGUCGCGGAUACAAAGACGGAGACUUGCAUCACCCUGGAGAAUCGUCCAAGGUGGUCAAAGCAAGGGAGGUCCCUACGCCCAUGGGAAGAGAUUUCACGAAUUUGGCAACUUCAACAAAACGAACGGUGUCAAUGCAGCAACGAACAUCCAGGUUACAAAGUUCCCUCUCCAAGCAGCAGACGACAGUAAGGGCGGUUCGUCGCAGCGGUGCUCCAAGAGUCGACCAAGGAAUCCAGCGGAGGAUUGCAUCGUUACCUUCCGAAAACCAAGACAAUGCUUCACUGGAAGCCUUUCCCGAUGCAUGUCAGGCGAUCCCCGAAGAAGAAAAGGCAUCGUCGCCCAUCAUUCCGUUUGCAGAUCCGUCGCCCGUGACUCGAGACGGGGCUGGCGCCAACCUGUCCAAGCGCAGUUCGACUUCCCCCAUUUCGGCAAGUGCGAAUCAAAGAGGCACGGACUCUAUUUCAAGUACUGUCGAUGGCAUCGUACCGUCAUUGCGCGAAGACAUUCACCGCCUUUCUUUGCAAGUGCACGAGAAGGAGGUCGAGUGCAGUCAAGUCCUAUCCACGCUACGAGUUGCCGAACAAAACAUGGAAAAAAUGACAACGGCAUGCAUGCAAUACAAGCAAAAGUCCGAGGCGUACGCAGAGUCGACGUUGACGCUGAAGCGGCAACUCGACACGCUUUCGCAAGAACUGAUUGAGAGCAAGAUGCAACUCAGCGACUUCAGAAAAGCCACGUUGAGUGCAACUACUACGCCACCACCUGCACCGUGCGACGAGAACGUUAUAGCACUCAAGCUCCAAGUCUCGACAUUGGAAUCGGAAAAGAUCGAGAGUGCAAAGCAGCUCGAGAACUUGAAUCGCAUUUGCGGCGAGCUGCAAAUCCAAGUGAAAGCGUUCGAAUCGAGCGAGUUUGAGUGGCGAUCCGAACGAGAAAAGCUCGUCAGCCAGGAGAAAUCGUUGCGGGACACGUCAGAUGGUCUGCAACAAGAGGUUCGACAUUUGAAAAAGCAGAACGACGAUGUAUUGAGUCAAUUGACCCAAGCGAACGCCGCAAAGCCGGCAGAAGUCGACAUCACCUCUUUACGCGACCAAAUCAAUGCACUUACAAGCGACAAGGAGCGUUUGGUGGUCAAAUGCCAGUCUCUCGAAACUAUGGUUCUGACCCAAACGGCGGAAAUCAACGAGCUCACGGAAGCACACAUCGUGUUUCAAGAGCAAGAGCAGUCUCUGGUCAGGCAAAUCGUCGAUAUGAAGGACCAGCUGGCAUCGCAACAAGCUGUGGCGUCAUUACUGAAGAAUCAAGUGUCUACAGCAGAGAAGCAGCUAGCUGUGGUUACUGUCGAGCGCGACGAAGCUGCGCAAUCGUUUGCUACUGAACGAUCUCAACUUGAAGAUGAUAUCAAACAACUCGAGCAAGCAAAGAUCGCUUUGGAAUCCCAGGCAGUGAAUGGCGCUGCUAAGCAAACUCAAGCGGAUUUCACCAUUCAAGAAUACAACCGACGUGUCGACGCAGCCCAGGCAGCAACGGGACUGUGCGACAUUGAUUUUGCAAAUGAAUGCACCAAACUGAAUGCCGAAAUUACUACGUACAAGUCGAUGAUCGAGUCGUAUGAAGUCGAGCUGUCCGAGGUAAAAGACAAGCUCGCGGAGGCCACAGCAGAUCUUUUGGUGCAGCGAGGAAUCGGCGACGAGACAUCGAAACGCGUCGCUGCACUGGAGAGCGAGGUGCAUCGUUUGGAAGAAUCAACACAUCGACUUCACGAUGCCGAAGCAACUCUUGCACAGUUGAACACAGAGUUGAGCGUAGAAAGGAACUCGACGGCAGACCUUCGAUCGGAGCUUGCGCGCACCCUCAGCUGCGUCGAGUCUUGCGAAGCUCAAGUGGACAAACUCGAACGGGACCUCGUCGCUGUCGGUGAAACGAACAAGGAGCAUGUGAUUCGCAACGGGCAGUUGGAAGAAAAAAUUGCAGCCUUGAAAGGAGUCGCUGACGUUGAGAAGGAAGAGCGCGAACGUGUGACGCUGGAAUUGCACAACACGACGAUCGCCAAGGCCACUGCGAUAACGUCGCUCGAAGAUGAAGUCGUUGGUUUGCGACAACAGCUGGAUAUUAUGAAGCAGCAAGCAGCCAUGGUCGAAAACGUGGAAAAAGCACUUGCCCAACAAACGGCGCUCGUUGAAACGUAUGCCACUGAUGUCGCCCGAUUGGAUGAGAUUACCAGCGACCGAAACGCGCUCCUUCUAGCCAAGCGUUCGUCCGAUGCGACCAUUGCGUCGCUUCGCCAAGAAUUGUCCACACUUGACUCAAAGUUGACCAAAGUUGUCGCAGACUGUGACCUUCGACUUGGCGAAGCGCAUUCAGAAUUGGAAAGCGUCAAGAUUUCUCUCGUAAAGUCCCAAGACCUCAUGACGGAAGCCAGUGCUUGGAAAGAAAAAUACGACGCGCUUCGACGCGAAGCUGAUCGUCAUGCUAUGGACAUGGACUCGGCGGUGGAAGAACAAGCACGCGCGAAUGCAAACACCGAACGAUACAAAACAAAACUCGACGAAAUCGAAGGCAAACUCGAGGAGACGCAAUCAUCGUUGCGCACUUCCCAAGGGCAAGUGCAAGCGCUCACCACCGAGGUGAACGGACACCAGUCAUUGGCAGCUCUCAACAAUGCCAAGAUUGCUUCUCUCGAGUCGGAGCUUCAGACGUUGCAGUUUCAAUUGGAACAAGCCCGAGACUUGAGAUCAACCGAAUUCGAGCAAGUUCUGGCGGACCAAACCUCGAAACUUGACGCGCAAGACCACAAAUUAAUCGAAGCGCAGCAACGAGUCACUGAACUGUCCGAGGAAAACGACCGGCUCAAGCAAGAUAACGUUGCUGGGCGUGACAAGCUAUCCAGUUGCGAUGCCGCUAUGGAGGAGCUGCGACGUCAUGACGAAUCCAGUCGCGACAAGAUCAAGUUACUAGAGCUCAAACUCAAGGAACUCAACGAUGAACGCCAGCUAGCCCAAUCGCGAAUGCUGCAGUUGGAAGCGCAAGUUCGAGCUCUCUCCAGCGUCCCGGAACCAUCCAUCUCAACAGUUCAGCCAAGUGAGAGUGCUGCCGAGGCAACCAUGCCAAUGGCAACAAGCGGUGUGAUCAUACUUCACGGCGAUGCGUCGGAAAUCUAUGUGGGUCUUGCGGACGAAAAGUCGGAUCCAUCGAUCACGCCAUCAUCCAUCUUGCCGGCUCUUGCAGCUGUGCCGCGUGGCGGAAUCGAAGAACUGCACCGUGUGCUCCAAGGCUCUUCGUAUAUUGGGACUGGAUCCCUGCGCGCAGGCUAUGAUAAUGGGUAUUUCCUCGGCAAAGAUGCAACGAAUGUCUUGUACGAUCACCCAGACCCUGCCCUUCGUGGCAUCAUGAAGGAAGAACGGAUAUUUUCCAAGGGUGCCAUCGCGUCGUUCGUUUAUUUUGAAGGCAUCUUGAAGCAAGCGUUGGCUUGUGUCGGUGCCGAAUCCCAUCCUGACGCUUUCAAGCUUGUUAUGACACACAAACCGCUGAUCGACAAGGGCCAACGUGAAAAGAUCGUGCACUCGCUGUUCGAAUCGGGUCAACUGCAAGGCGUCUUCUUAACGACGGACGCCCAGAUGAGUCUCCGCGCGGUGGGGAAAGCGACGGGGUUGAUUGUCGAUGUGGGGGCCGACGCCACCUAUAUCGUUCCAAUCUUCGAAGACAUGGUGAUGGAGCAUGCCGUGUUGAAGGUCAAAUUUGGCGAAGAUCAGCUGGUGAAUUUCAUGGUAUCAAUGCUGCUGUCUCAAGACUGCGAAGACUUCCACAAGAUCCCACUGAGGUCGCAGCGGCGCAUGGCCCGAACGAUAUUGGCAUCGAAUGGGCUCGUUGCCAUGGAUUUCUUCGACAUGACGGAGAAAUACGGCGGAUUCCGCCGCAAAGACGUUCAUGUGCUGCCAACUCUAGACCAUCCCUUCGUGUGGGUCAAGGACACCCCGCCAUCUUCCGAACAGCACCCGCUCCAUGCGACUUAUUCGCAACAACUACCGAGCGGAAACGUCCUCAGUAUGGCGUACGACAUUGAGCGGUUUAUCUGCCCGGAACUGCUGUGGACUCCAUCACUCGACCCAGACUGCACAUGCGACACCCCUCUCCACGCUGCCAUUUUGAAGUCCAUCUCGCUGUGCGAUGAGUUCCUCCAGAGCGACUUGAUCGCCCAAGUGGUGUGCUGCGGCAGCGUGUGUGCCCUCCCUGGCUUCAAAGAUCGACUCAGCCACGAAAUCCAAAAGGCCAUAGGCCAUCAAGCCGUCCAUGUCGACGUGGUUCGAAAGACCCAGUACGCGCCGUUUGUCGGUGCGAGCAUGUACGUCAAGGGUCUUCGCGACGGCGUCUGGAUCAGCCGCGACGACUACGACGCCCGGGGACCUGCCAUCGUUCAUUCCAAGUGCUUCUGAUCAAUACACACUCAUGUCAACCAACGAUUCUGCCAUGUCGCCGACUAUUCCUUGGCCAUUUCUUUCCACUUGUGCUUCAGGUCAUGAGCUGUCUUGGCCAGCGUGGUAUUUCUACCAAAUUCCACAUCAGUGAGAUACCACGAUGCACGAGCAGCAUUCGUACUUGGCCUUUCGCAAUUUGGACACAACGAGA